UUAUGUAAUGUAGAAAGUCCCACAUGGAUCCACACUGUCCAUGCAGGCAUUCAGUUCUUUAAAUAGACUGUUAUUUUGAUGCAAAAGUGUAACAGACCCUUGAAGCACAUGAUCAAACAGCAUGACAACACAAGGGCAGCUUGGUAGCAAAUAAUUCUUAAAACUUUCUUCUGAGUAGGUGAUGGAGAGAAAUCUAUCAAAACAUUAGUUUGAAAUAGACUUUGUUUCUUAGAAAAGAUAAAACCUGAGUCUGAUUGGUGUUUAGCCUGAUUUCUGGACAGGAAAAGCAAUGUCCUAUAGAUGCAAACUUACUUCAUCCUGGAAUGACGCACCACCUCCUCCCAAAGUGGAAAUUGACCUGAGUUCACCCGGUUUGGCCGUGUUCGAGUUGGAAAGACUUCUAUUUACCGGGAAAGCCAUCAUCAACCAUGCAGAUGAAGUUUGGCCGAGUCUUUAUAUUGGAGAUCAGCACAGUGCAGAGAACCGGGCUGAUCUAUCCAUGCAUGGGAUCACUCAUGUCUUGAAUGCAGCUCACAGUAACCGCAGAGGACAGCCAGAUCUGUACCAGGGCAUGAAGAUCACCUACAUGGGCAUAGAGGCUCAUGACUCAUGUGGCUUUGACAUGAGUGGCAACUUCCAGCCUGCAGCACACUUUAUUCACAAGGCUCUAAGAGCAGGAGGUAAGGUCCUGGUACAUUGCCAUGUAGGAGUGAGCCGUUCUGCAACGCUGGUUCUGGCUUACCUGAUGCUGAGGCACCACCUGACCCUCGUAGAAGCCAUUUGUGCAGUGAAAGUCAACAGAGGUGUUAUUCCAAAUCGAGGUUUCCUCCGUCAGCUCAUCACGCUGAACAGCCAGCUUUUCAACAAACAUCACUGAACCAGGGCACUCAUAUUAGUGGGUUAGUGAAACAAGGCACUUAUUACAGAAAACAUGUUCAUAUGGUUAGAUAAUCUGUAAAUAUGUGUCAACUGUCAUCGUAUUGGGAUGUGGCCAACACUUGUAACAGUCCCCAAUUUCAUCUCACUCUUUGAGGUAAUGACAGACUAAAUGAUUAACUGUU